AUGCUUGGAAGAUUUUUGUUUCUGGAAGCGCUUCUGAUGGCGUCCUUGCAAUAGUAGUCAAUGGUGAUAUAUCUUUUUAGGCUUCUCCAUUUCUUUAUUAUUUUUUUUGUGGUGAGGGUGAGAGACAGAAACUAUAUUCUUCAGUCUGUUCUAGCUUAUGGUUUCCCCUCAUACCUGAUGGAGCUCACUUUAUUCUUAUAUCCUUCUCGUGACCCUUUAAAAAAAAAUUAUAAUCAUGCGCAAAAUGUCAGCAUUGACAAAACCCAACUAUUAUGUUAAUAGGUUGUAUUUUUACAUUUCUCUAGGUCCCAUGGGAGGCUGGUGUAAUAACUUAAUUCCGAUCCAAAUCCAUUUUUUAACCGGGCUCGUCACUUCAAGUUCAAAAGACGUUUUUAACCAUCUAUAUUCUGCAAGAGGUUUUUGAUAUGAUUUUUGGUUGGACACCUUGAUUUGUUAUUUUUCCCUUCAAAUACUUACAAUUUGUAUAAUGUGAUUGCCUUUUAAAUUUUUGAAAUAGUUUAUUCAGUAGCUUUACAGGGGGUAUUCUUUGUAGAUGUUGUGUUUAGCGAUCAUUUUGCUCUUGAAUUUUAUUCACCUUUGCAUGUUAUGAAGCAUUUAUGAAUUUCUUCUAUAAACGUAUGAUAUUAAGUCCUAGGGUCUUUGUGCAGAUCUUACACCUGAUAUGCAACCCCUGGAUUGGAAUACAAGAAUGAAAAUAGCAGCUGGUAUAGCCAAUGGUUUGAAUUACCUGCACCACAAGGCGAAACCACCGGUCAUUUACAGGGACCUGAAAUCAUCUAAUAUAUUGUUGGAUGACGGAUUUCUCCCUAAACUUUCUGAUUUUGGACUUGCGAAGUUUGGUCCACAUGAGGAUAAGUCACAUGUUAGUACUAGGGUCAUGGGUACCUAUGGAUAUUGUGCACCUGAAUAUGCCGCAACUGGACACCUUACGCUGAAGUCAGAUGUUUACAGUUUUGGCAUGGUCUUGUUGGAGAUAAUCUCUGGACUUACAGCAUUAGAUGAAACUCGUGUACGUCCUAUGUUGAUCGAUCCUAAGAACUUUUUGCAGUUGGCUGAUAAAAAACUGAAUGGACAAUUUCCAAAAUCCGUGUUCUGUAAGACCGUUGAGUUGGUGUUAAUAUGCGUAAGAGAUAAUGCCCCAUCUCGGCCUACCAUGACUGAAGUGGUAGGUGCUAUGGAUUAUUUGACAUCGAAAAAAUAUGACCCCUGUGCUGCUUGAAGUAUGGACCAAGGACAGAAAUGAGUCUACUUCAAAAGUUCAGUAGUUUGAGGACAAUUAGCAGGAAACAAGUUUGAUGACUUUAAGUAGUGAUUGUCUUUUUGUAUCUUUUUCAUAUUGGCGUUAGCUUGCAAUUUUCAUAAUGAUGAUAACUGGCUUGGUCAGCGAAAUAGAAAUAGAAAUAGAAAUAUACUGGAAUAAUGAAAAUUGUCAUUGAAUUGUAUACAAGUGAAAUGGCACGUUUUUUCAUA